ACGGAUUCGGUCUUGAAAUUCUUGUAAAAGGACGCCCUCUUCCUGAGAUAGUUCAACCUAUUACAACCUUAGAUAUACCUACAACUACUGGACCUUCUUUCGUUUUUGAAGAAAGAAACAAAAAAUGGAAAAUAAGGCAAAUAUUUCCACACGCUGGAGUGCAGUUCUCUAUUAGAUUCUCCUCGACUAAAGCAACACCACAUGACCCUAUAAUGGCUUUCAUAGUUGUGGAUGGUCAAUUAGAUUAUCGAUAUAUCGAGCUUUACAAUUCUGGUGCCUAUUUGAGAGAUCACUUUGUGAGCGCUUACAGAGAUUUCCGGUAUUACUUCAAGUUUGACAAAACGAUGUGGUCCGAUGAAUUCCAUAAAGUCUAUAGUGAUCCUUCUCAAACGAUAUCAUACGGUGGAAUCGGUGCCAUCUCAGUAUACUUUUAUCGAGCGACCCCAAUUUUUGAGCUUGUUGGAGAGAUUCCAAAUUUCCAAUUACAUCAAAAGAUUUUACCCGAGAGAAGGACGAUGGCAUCAAUUGGACUUUCUACCAGUUUUCAACCUAUGUGGGUUCCUGAUAAUAUGAUGCCUAACGUUAAUUUUCUUAGACCAAGAUCCAAUUCUCCGAUCGCAGUUCUUCACUUACAUUAUCGUCCUGCUUCAUCAAUAAUUUUAACGUCAGGUGCUAUGCUACCAGAAGUCAAGGUGAAGCAAGAAAUUAUUGAAGAUAGGAAUUUACAUUCUGAAGAAUCUAGUAAUGAAACUGAUCCCGAACACGCUUCUAAUUUAAAAAGAAAUGAUAAAACAUCACCUACCUUGAAGGUUGAUGAUUUGCAAGAGCAUUUCAUAGAAGGGUAUAUUAAAGUGGAAGAGAAUGCACAAAAAUUUUUGGUAAAUGGAAAAAUCGAAGUCUCAAAUUACGGUGGGCUUGCAUCAAUUACCAACUUGAUUAAUGAUUAUGCAAGUGACACAAUAUCAUCCCUAGAUUCAAUUCGAGUUGAAACACCAGAAACAGACACUACAUUUAGUGAUGAAAAAGUAGGGAAAAUAAAACUCGAAGGUUCGAAUUCGCCGGCACCAAAAACACAUUGCAGACGUGAAAGACCUAAAUCAAAUAAAAGUCGGUACUUACGAGGAAAACGAGGAAAUGGAGCCUUACGGAAACAAAAACAUGGACGUUCUCGCUUUCAUAAUCGCAGAUGGGAUAAACCAGCUGAAAAGAAAGAAUAA